AUGGUUGAAGAUAGUAGGGGUCUCGGUGAUUCCGUUGGACGGCAGUACUUUGGUGAUAGCGUCGUUGAUAGUUCAUUUUAUUCGGACAACAUUAAGACAAAUGUUUUCAACUUUAUGGGAGAAUUUAAACCGAACGUCCAUGACGUUAGUAAUUCCAUCAAGCCGCCUCACACAUCGGAAAAACGAAAACGAACGAGUCCUGUUUCGGAUAAUGUUAUACCCCACAAAUACUACCUCUGUGAAACGGCUAUGGCAAAUCAUUUUGCUCAAAUGAAUCUAACCUUACCGGUCGACGCAUCCAAAAUUCAAGGUGAUUGCAACUCACCUUUGUUUGGUGAUUCGUCCUGCUUUCCACUUGACUCAAGUCAGAUUGCUUCCGCUCAUCACUUGUAUCAAAACUUGUCAUUGCACACUAACAAAGAAGCGGGUGUUAUUACUAUUAAUGACGAUGAGGAUAUUGAUGAAGAUGCGCAAAUCGAAAGAUCACCUUUACGAUUUUCAAAUGAUUUGAAAGAUCACUUAAGAUUUAAACGAAUGAAUCCAACAGAUACGUUCCUAAGAGGACUGCUUUCAUCUGAACCGUCACUCGCGAUAGUGCCGUUUAAUCCUGAUCCCCUUAAAGGUUUACUUCCGCCUAAUUUCUCAGAUCAAGAGUCAAGUGAAGAAAACUCGGACUCUAAAGUGUUACCAGAUAGUCAAGUGCUCGAUUCAUCUACUGUCUUCCCUACCAAUUCCUCUACAUUUGGUAACGUUUUGUGUAUGGAUAUCGAUUCAGAUUUCACGGGAUAA